CUCUUUUGGACUCCAGAAUUUGCCCUCUGGGUGGAAUCUAUCAAGCCUCGAGAGAAGCCAGUGUCUGCCGUGCUGGGCUGUCAGAGCAACCUGCUCACUCCAGGAGGUGAUGGGGAUCCCCUCAUUCCUAGCCUUCCCUGCUGCCAGGAGGAACCGAGCUCACUGCAUGCCCUGGCAUCCUUGGGGCCACAUGCUACUGUGGACAGCUCUGCUCUUCCUGGCUCCUGUUGCUGCGAAACCUGCAGAUCUCCCAAAAGCUGUGGUGAGCAUCCAGCCUGCGUGGAUCAAUGUGCUCAGGGAGGAUCGUGUGACGCUGAUGUGCCAGGGGACCAGCUUCUAUGAAGGCAACCUCACCAUGUGGUUCCAUAACGGGAGCUCCAUCCACACCCAGAACCAGCCCAGCUACAGCUUUCAGGCCGGCAGCAAUGACAGUGGAUCCUACAGGUGCCAGAGGGAGCAGACCAGCCUCAGCGACCCUGUGCAUCUGGAUGUGAUUUCCGACUGGCUGCUGCUCCAGACCCCCAGCCUCGUGUUCCAGGAAGGGGAGCCCAUUCUGCUGAGGUGCCACAGCUGGAGAAACCACCCUCUGAAUAAGAUCACGUUCUACCAGGAUGGGAAAUCCAAGACAUUUUCUUAUCAGCGUUCCAACUUCUCUAUCCCACGUGCCAACUUCAGUCACAGUGGCAAGUACCACUGCACAGCGUUUAUCGGGAAGACGCCACACUCGUCACAGCCAGUGAACAUCACUGUCCAAGAGUCCAGCUCCAGCGACCCCUCAUCGUCGAUGACAGUUGUGGCUAUAGGCGCUUGUUUUGCUGCAGUGGCUAUUGUUGCUGCCAUAGUAGCCUGGUUCCGCCUCAGGAGAAAGCCAAUUUCAGCUCUCCCAGGACCCCCUGAGCACAGGGAAAUGGGAGAGACCCUCCCUGAGGAGCCAGCUGGUCUCAAUGAUGCUGAAGCUGAUGCUGCCAGAACUGAGGCUGAGAAUACAGUCACCUAUUCACUCCUCUCGCACCCGGACAUUGCAGAGGAAGACACAGAGUCUGAUUACCAGAAACACCUUUAGUUUUUGUGGUCUUGCCUGGGACUUGAGGGGUGAAUCGGAGAGGCCAGGAUCUGGUGUCUUCUGGCCUGAACUCCUCUUAGGGAGAAGAAGAGGAUACUGCAGUUCUAAAGAAGGAGAAUGCCUUUUCCGGAGUUAGCUCCUCUGAAUCCUGAAGCUCCCUGUUCUGACAUUCACAGAUGAUACAGCCUCAGAUAACUGACCGCUGACUUAUUCCUUGCCUCAGCACUUCUCAUCAUCAGGACUCCUCUAUCAUACAUUCUCACAGCCAGUGUAAGUUACUUUCAUUAAGAGAUUGCAGCAUCAUGGAAAUACGUUACAGGUUAUAUGAGAAAAAUUAGAUAAACAUGGAUGAUUUCAGAAAUCUUGAAAUAGACUAACAUAUGCCAAUGUAUUAAAAGUGAUUGUUUCUGGGGAUGGAAUUAUUGGUGCUUUUCAUUUGCUUUGUUAAUUCUUCUGUACAGACCAUAUAUUACUUUUAUAAUAAAAUACUACACAAACAACA